AACUCAAAGUACCGCGCUUGCGACUUGGACUCAACACCAACAGCGCUUGGCCUCGCCCUAUCUACACUACAUAAGCCCCCCCCCCACUUCCAACCUUGCUCCUCAACUCAACGCAUCUCGUCUUUCCCUCUUUCUUGGGUUAUAAAUCAAAUCCAUCACUCUCUGUUGUUUUGUAAUCCAAGGCUGCUUAUUCCAUCAUUUCCUCCUCAUUAUUCCUCCUUUUUACUCUUAUACACACAACUAACUAUCCUCUCUGGUGCUUGCUUGCUUUUUUUUACCGAACUCAACAAUCUCCCCGCGCCAUCUCCGAAAGUAUCGUCCCAUCGACCCUCAACAAGAAAUUAAACCUCGAACGACAUUUUUGGAUCCGCCCUACAACCUUUUUUUUCCCUCAUCGCAUAGAGGCGCAACUUUAUCCUUCUUUUGCUCCGUUCUUAAUUGUUUCAAACUCGCGACGGCCUCAUUCGUUACAGGUCGCCUAGAAUGAACCUGAACAAGGCCGCUCGCGUCAUCCUCUUCGGUGCACCUGGCGUUGGUAAAGGGACUCAGAGCGAGCGAUUGCUCGCUCGCUUUCCUCAGCUCAAUCAGAUUAGUACCGGUGAUCUCUUGCGUCGAAAUGUCAAGGAGAGGACACCCCUCGGCAUCAAGGUCGAGAAUACGAUGAAGGCGGGCGGACUUGUUGCUGAUGAUCUUAUCCUGCGACUUAUUUCCAACGAAUUCUUCACUCGGGGAUGGCUCGCCAAGAAUGGAGGUCCGAAUGUCAUGACGCUUAAUUCUGAAGCGACGGCGAUGGAGGCUUCUUUCAACAGCGCUGCUUCUGAUCCGUUCAUCAAUGCUCCGUUCCUCGACGGCCACCGUCCUUCCAAGGCAUCCAACGACCCCUCCGCUUCGUUCAUCCUCGAUGGCUUCCCACGAACAGCUUCUCAAGUAGGCCCUCUCGACAAGCUCAUCCCGAUCAAUCUCGUCGUCUCUCUCAAGACCCCCGUAUCCGUUAUUCUCGAGCGAAUCCUCGGACGCUGGGUCCACGAGCCUUCCGGUCGAGUCUACAACACCAGCUUCAAUGCGCCCCGAGUCCCUGGAAUCGACGACGUGACCGGCGAGCGAUUGAUCCAGCGCCCUGAUGAUUCCGAGGAAGUUUACAGAGCACGAUACAAGAAGUUCCAAGAGACCAGCGAGCCUGUUCUGAACCACUACGCCCAGAAGGGCGUGCUCGUCGAGAUUGAGGGCAUGAGCAGCGAUGAAAUCACCCCAAAGCUAUUUGCAGAGUUCGAGAAGCGCUUCGUCCAUUGAAGGAAUACCCUAUGGUUUCAAGAUGUUUAUGUUAUUACUAGUAUAUGACCUUUUUUUUCUUUUCCAUUCGCUACGGUUGAGCUUUUUGUAUUUUUCUAUUAUCAUCGGAGUUUUUAUUCUCGCAGCUUGGGAUGCUGCUGAUGGGAGUUGCAAAAGACGGGACCGGAAAGAUUCCUUGUCAGAUGGCGCAAAUUGUUGGGAGCUGUUCGUUGGUAGUUCUGUUGUCCUCGAAGGACAUGGUGGCGAUGGUGGAAAGGGAUGGGAUUGUCUCAACACAACUGCACUGGCUUUGAGCGCAGGAAUGGGCAUGAUUAUUGCCUGAAUGGUAUCCACACAUGGACCCCUUCUUUGAUUCAAA